AUGAGAUCUAUCACAGCAAUUCUGGGUUUUUCCCUUAUUGCUUAUUGUUCCGUAGUGUUUGCUGACACAUUGUACAGCGUUGUAUCUGAUGAUCCAACAUUAGAUAUCGGUGUCAUCAUCAACAACAAUGUCUACAAAUUGAAACCGUCUGCUGACAGCAACAUCUUGUUUCAAGGCAUGGCUCCCUCCAAUGCCAACUAUUUCUAUGCCAAGCUUCAAAAAGAUACUACUAAUAUUGUGAAACAGGAAAAUUUCACUCGUUCUGCAGUUUCUGCCAAACAAACGCUCAACGAAUUCUUCAACCGCAACUGGAAUCGCAAAGAUAUGGCCACCUUCAAGCCUAUUAGUAGUAUCUCUAAAAACUUUAACCGUCGGGCCGAUGAUGAAUUACAUCCUGUUGGAGAAAUUCCUACGAUUCAUGUCAUUGCUGCUCAAACCGACAUUGAUAAAAUACACAACCAUUACAAGCAAGACAUUGAGGUCAAAGUGAAUAUGACCUACAUUAGUACCAACUCGGUCAGGACAUUCAGUAACGUGAAAUUCGAAAUUGGUGGUCGAUCUUCUCGUCAGUUCACCAAGUUUGCCUACAACAUUAAACUGGAUAAAAAGAAGGAUGAUGACACUUUAAGUGGUUAUCAAAAGCUGAAAUUACGCACCACCGUCAGUGAUCCUAGCUACAUGCGUGAAUUCAUAACAACAGAAAUGCUCUAUGCUGCAAAUCAGCCUGCAACCAAGGCAUCGUACGUCAGAUUGUUUAUCAACGAUAGAGCCAUCGGUUUAUUCACGCUGAUGGAAAAGUACGACAAGGAUUGGCUUGCUAAUGAGUUCAAUGCUGGCGGAAGCAAAUACCCCCAGGGCAUUCUGUAUGAAGGAGAAGGUGGAAGAAAAGACUCUGUGCGAGCUGAUUUGUCCUAUAAAGGAGAUAACCCAUCUGCCUACAAUGCUUCUGCAUAUUCUGUUGCAGAAAAGUCAAAGUUAGGGGUUGAAAGCUUGGAUGAUUUGACCACCUUUAUCAAGUUUAUUCAUGAUCAGCGUGAAUUCCAAAAAACUGCUAAUGCCGAAGCUAUUUCAGCCACUGUAUCUGAAUGGGAAAAGCAACUCGAUGUAGAAAACUUUCUUGUAGCUAUGGCAUUCGAGUUUCUUCAAGGCUUCUGGGAUGGCUAUCUGCAAAACUCAAACAACUACUUUCUCUACAAGUCUCCUGAAACAAAUCGCUUUGUGUGGAUCUCUUGGGAUUAUGACUAUGUGAUGGGAAGUGGCCCAGUGAAUAUGAAAAGUCUGGUGCAAGGCGAUUACACAAGCUUCAAGGGAUUCGAUACAAGACCUUUGACCAUCGCUCUCCUGAAUGUACCUGAAUUCAAGACCAUGUUUGAAAAGAACUUGAAGACCAUUGCUGAUGAGAUUUAUAAUCCUACCAAAGCCAAUCCUGUUAUCGAUUCAGUUGCUAAACUUAUUCAAGAUGAUGUCGCUUGGGAUCAAACACUGCCUCAUGUCAGAAAGGGACUUGAGUUCUGGACAUUUUCAUUAGAGAACCUGAAAUACGGCAACUUUAACAAUAAUACAAACCAAAACGAGGGCAUCCCAUCCACGCUCAGUGUCACUACUGGUGCUGAAUUUUUGAUUCGUUUGAAUACCAAGGUGGAUUGGAAGAAGGCUGUUGCCGGAAAUACAGGGCAUGUGUCGUUGUAUGGCGUUAAAGAGUGGAUCAGCGCAAAGUACAGUAACUUUAACAAAAAAAACUCUUAUAAGCCUCUGCUACCUUUUCUUCCAUUGAGGAAUUAG